AUGCCGAGCACGGCCGCGGUGGCGCGUGCACAGAAUGGCUGGCAUCUUGAGGCCCACGGGCUACCUACUGCCAUGUGCUGGCAAGAGACUUUGGAGAUUUCCAUACAAGAAGUUCAAUUCGCCGUAACGGGGGGCGCCGAAAAGCGGGUACGGCGCGGGCACAAGCUGAGCGCCGUGAGCCGCAUCCUAAUGAGUCCCGGC